GAGGGGCGGGGCUUAAACGUGGCAGGGCGGAUUAUGUCCAUUCUGUCAGCAAACCAUGGCUGCGACAGUUGUUGGGGAUCCUCCUUCGCUCGCUGUCGCCUCUUCCCGGCCGUCGGGGGAUGCCGACUCGGGGUCCCCUCACAUAGCGGCGCUGAUCCUGGCUCGAGGCGGCAGCAAAGGGAUCCCGCUGAAGAACAUUAAGCUCCUGGCUGGCGUCCCGCUGAUUGGCUGGGUACUGAGGGCAGCCCUGGACUCCGGCGCCUUCCAGAGUGUAUGGAUUUCCACAGAUCACGAUGAAAUUGAGAAAAUUGCCAAGCAGUUUGGAGCUCAGGUUCACCGGAGGACCUCGGAAGUGUCUAAAGAUUCUUCUACCUCUUUGGAUACCAUUGUGGAGUUUCUCCAAUAUCACGAGGAGGUUGAUGUCGUAGGAAACAUUCAAGCAACUUCCCCUUGCCUGCAUCCCACCGACCUCAUCAAAGUGGUCAAAAUGAUCCGUGAGGAUGGCUUUGACUCAGUCUUUUCAGUCGUGCGGCGGCACCAGUUCAGAUGGAGUGAAGUUAAAAAAGGAGUCUGUGAAGCGACCGUCCCGCAAAAUCUGAAUCCUGCCAAGCGCCCUCGGCGACAGGACUGGGAUGGCGAACUUUAUGAAAACGGAUCGUUUUACUUUGCCAAAAGAGCCUUGAUUGAAAAGGGAUAUUUGCAGGGCGGGAAAAUGGCGUACUACGAAAUGCGAGCCGAGCACAGCGUGGACAUAGAUGUGGAUAUAGAUUGGCCCAUCGCGGAGCAACGGGUCCUAAGAUACGGCUACUUUGGGAAGGAGACCUUAAAGGAAGUGAAGCUUCUGGUUUGUACCAUUGAUGGAUGCCUCACCACCGGUCACAUCUACAUCUCCGAAGAUGGGAAAGAGAUGGUUUCCUAUGAUGUCAGAGAUGCGGUUGGAAUCAAUCAGCUUCAGAAAAGAGGCGUCGAGGUACGGCUGAUCUCCGAGAGGGACUCUUCCACCAAGGCGCUCUUCACCUCGAAGUUGGGCUGCCCCGCGGAAGUCGGGGUGAUAGACAAGCUGGGUGUCGUGGAGAAAUGGCGGAAGGCCAUGGGGUUGUGCUGGAAGGAGGUGGCAUAUUUAGGAAAUGAAGACUCGGAUGUGGAGUGUCUCAAGAAAGCCAGCAUGAGCGCCGUCCCUGCGGACGCUUGUCCAGCUGCACAGAAAGCGGCGAGCUACAUCUGCAGGUCCAAUGGCGGCCGCGGGGCCGUUCGGGAGUUCGCCGAGCACAUCAUCCUUUUGAUGGAAAAGGUGAAUUCGGCGGGAAAAAACUUGGGCCGAACAAGCUAGUGAAGUCGACUCCAAGCAGCGUCUCUGCGAGAGACGGAGUUCUUCUUGGUUGAUUUGUUGGGGGGUGUCUUUCCUCUGCUUGGCUUUUGACAUUUCCAGGAUCCAAAAAAGGACCCCGACGAGAAUCUUUAAAAUAUCUGCUUUAUUAUUAUUAUUAUUGCACGGGUGACUGAAUCGUUACUGAAUUGACGCAGAGCCAAAGUGGCAGGAAAA